AUGCGAUCCCUAACCCGCUGCCUCCGUUCGAGGCCGACAACAACGGCGACGACCUCUCUCCUCUCCGCUCGUCAGUCAACACUCGGUCAGAACCAGUUCUUCCUGCCCCGACAAACACCUCAGGCUCUUUGCUUCUCAACCUCUUCCCCAAACUCCAACGCCAACCAGCCCCCUCGGCCCACGCGAACCCAGAACCUCCGCACAAAGCCAGAUGCCAACAUCGACGACAUCCUCGACCAGCUGAACCUCGGCACGAACCGCAGAAACCGGGCCGCCCGUCUGGCACAACAGAAGGCCGAUCAGGAAGCUUCAUCCGCAGACGGCGCGCCUAGUACUGGCGUGGCAACCAACGAACCCAUAUCAGCACCCGGUUCACCGCAGUCAAGACAGGACCGCCGCAAGGUCGACCUUAAGCUUGGACCUGUCCUUGGACGUGAAGUGUCUGUUGCGCCGGAGCGCGGGCGUGAUUUGGAGUCGUCCAUAAAGCGGUUGGAUCGUCUCCUUAGAGAGAACAACGUGAAGAAGCAGAUGCUUGCCCAAAAGUAUCAUGUGAGGAGAGGUCAAAUGAAGAAGAAUUUGAAAAUGACGCGGUGGAGGAAACUGUUCAAGUAUUCGUUCUCGCAUAUGGUUAAUAAGAUUCAGAGAAUGAGGCGGCAGGGAUGGUAA